UGCGCAAAUCAUUGGCGCCAAGAUGGCGAUGGAAAUGAGACUUCCCGCUGCUCGUAAGCCUGUUAGCGAGAGCUUGGGUCACGAAACUAAAAAACACCUGGUGGUGCCGGGGGACACGAUCACUACAGACACAGGCUUCAUGAGGGGCCAUGGAACAUAUAUGGGGGAAGAGAAGCUCAUAGCAUCUGUGGCUGGCUCCGUGGAGAGAGUAAACAAAUUGAUUUGUGUGAAAGCUUUGAAAACCAGAUAUAAUGGUGAAGUAGGAGACAUUGUAGUAGGGAGAAUCACAGAGGUUCAACAGAAGAGAUGGAAGGUAGAGACCAACUCCAGGCUGGAUUCAGUCUUGCUUCUCUCAUCCAUGAACCUUCCUGGAGGAGAGCUGAGGAGAAGAUCUGCAGAAGAUGAGCUUGCAAUGAGAGGUUUCUUGCAGGAAGGGGACCUUAUCAGUGCUGAGGUACAGGCAGUGUUCUCUGAUGGAGCUGUUUCUCUUCACACGAGGAGUCUAAAAUACGGAAAACUAGGCCAGGGUGUUUUGGUCCAGGUUUCACCCUCCCUGGUAAAACGGCAGAAGACUCACUUCCAUGAUUUGCCGUGUGGUGCCUCAGUGAUUCUGGGUAACAACGGCUUCAUCUGGAUCUACCCAACCUCUGAGCACAAGGAAGAGGAGGCAGGGGGCUUCAUUGCAAACAUGGAGCCUGUAUCCCUUGCUGAUCGAGAGGUGAUAUCCCGGCUUCGGAACUGCAUCGUCUCGAUGGUAACUCAGAGGAUGAUGCUGUAUGAUACCAGUAUCCUGUACUGCUAUGAAGUGUCCCUUCCACAUCAGAUCAAAGACAUCUUAAAGCCAGAAAUAAUGGAAGAAAUUGUGAUGGAAACACGCCAGAGGCUGCUAGAACAGGAGGGAUAA